AUGAAGUUCGGUGCUGCUAUUUUGGUCUUGGCCACCUCGGCCCUGGCUAGCAACGUCCGACGAGGAGACGAGUAUGAGAGCCCCGACUACAGCGGCGGAGAGUAUGAGGCUCCUGAGGGCGACUACGGAUCUGGAGACUAUGGCUACAAGCACGACAAUGGUUACAAGCACGAGGUGACCCAGGUCGAGGUCACUUACACGACUACGACUGUCUGCCCCGUCACUUAUACCCACCACGAACAGGGAUACACCUACUACGAGACCAAGCUCACAACCUCUACAGUCACAGUUGUUGAGGCCAAGACUGUCGAUGUCACUGUCAAGGCGCCUGAUGUUUACAAGCACUACACCGACGUUGAAUAUGUCACUCGAACAUCGCUGUGCCCUGUGACCGUCACCAAGACCAUUGAGGGAGAGGUCAUCACCGAGGUUUACACGACCACCAGCUACAUCUACGAUGUUGUCAAGACCACCGACUACGAGCACGUUAAGCAACCCGACGUGACAAAGCACGAGACAGACGUCGUCUACAAGACCCGAACCACUGUCUGCCCUGUUACCGUCACUAAGACUAUUGCCGGCGAGGUUGUCACUGAGACUUACACCACCACCAGCCUCAUCGAGGAGGUCGUUCAGUCUACCGACUAUGAGCACGUCAAGCAGCCCGAUGUCACCAAGUACGCAACCGAUGUUGUCUACACCACUCGCACCACCGUCUGCCCUGUCACUCUCACCAAGACCAUCGCUGGUGAGGUCGUCACUGAGACCUACACCACCACCAGCGUGAUUGAGGAGGUCGUCAAGUCUACCGACUACGCUCAUAUCAAGCAGCCUGAUGUCACCAAGUACGAGACCGACGUUGUCUACAAGACCAAGACUCACGUCUACCCCGUCACUGUCACAAAGACAAUUGAGGGUGAGGUUAUCACCAAUGUCUACACCUCUACCGACUACGAGGUCGUCAAGGUCCACAGCACUGUCUACGACAAGGUUGAGCUUCCUGAUGUGACCAAGCACGAGACUGACAUUGUCUACCAAACCAAGACUGAGGUUCACCCCGUUACCGUCACCAAGACCGUCGAGGGUGAGGUUGUUACCAACAUUUACACCGAAACCUCUCUUGUUGUCGAAGAGGUUGUCACCACCAUCCCUGUUUACGAGACCAUCGUCAAGACCAUGGGCAAGGGUGUUGUUGUCACCCAGUACUCCAAGAUCGUCCAGACCGUCGGUGGCGGCACCGUCUACCAGACCGUCGCUCCUGCGCCCACCACUGUCGAGAUCCCUGAGACUGAGGUCGUCACUCAACCCGAGGUCACCGUUCCAGCCACUCCCACUGCCCAGCCCGAGCCUAUUGUUAACGGCGCUGCUGUCGCCGCCAACAAGGCUCCCGUCUUCGCCUUCAUGGCUGGUAUCCUUGGCGCCGUCGCUCUCCUCUAA